GGUUACCAAAUUCGACUGGGAUUUGGUCUGCAUGCAGGGUGGGCAAUAGAAGGCGCCAUUGGCUCUUCACACAAAGUUGAUCCAUCCUAUCUCUCGCCCCACGUAAACAUGGCUUCCAGGCUUGAAGCUGCCACAAAGCAAUAUGGAGUUUGCCUCCUCAUAUCUGAGACUGUUGUGGCAAACCUCACAAAAAGCAGCCUCCGGGAUUCUUGCAGAAAGUUGGAUCGUGUAACUGUUAAGGGAAGUGCAGAGCCUAUGCUAUUGUAUACAUAUGAUAUGCCAUUUUUGCAGAAAGAUUUAAAGGGAAGUCCACAGGUGUACAAGAGCUUAUUCGAGGCUGCCAUUGACAAUUACAUCAUUGGGAAUUGGACUGAAUCAUCCAAGAAACUCAACCAGUGCAUCCAGAUGUGGCCUACUGAUAGACCUGCAACAUUAAUUGCUAAGUACAUGGCUUCUCACAAUAAUGUUGUACCUGCAGCCUGGAAAGGAUACAGGGAACUAACAGAGAAAUGAGGAAGAAAAAAACCAUUGCGGUGAGAUGGUAGUGCUUAAUUGUUUUCAUCUUCCCACCAAUCUGAAAUCAGGAGAUAUUCUAUGCAUUCAGAGUAUAUAUUGCUUUGGAAGGAUAUUAAUUUUUUUCCUGAAUUGGGUAAUGGUCCAGUUUGGCAUUGUCAUUGUCAUUAUUAAAUUUAGAGGUCAGGAAAAAAUAUUUGAGGUCUAAAAACACAAGGGCAUGCAUCCCAACGUUACUGUAAUGCAUUUAUAUGAAACCGACAAACGCUCAUGGAGAUGCAUGUUAUCCUAAACUUGCAUUUUUUCUAUUUGAGCUCCAAAGCUCAGAUGGCUAAAAGAUUUUUACUUCAAAACUUCAAAUUAUGAA